ACCUGGGAUGAAAGGAGCUGAGAGAGCAGCAGAAACCUUAGCUGGCAUAUUCACUCUGUUAUGAUGGACAGACUAACAGCGGUAAUAUUUGUCCUCCUGGUUUCAUGUAUCUGCAGGACAUUAGGACUGACAUGUGAAGGAAACUGUGGGCUACAAGUUUUCUCAUGUUCAUGCCACUCAACAUGUGAGUCCCUGAAGACCUGCUGUACAGACUAUAAGGAGUACUGUGUGGAAGCCCUUCCAUAUUCUGGGUCCAUUUUGGGUGGGACAGAUUUUACUAUCCUUGAAGCGAGUUUCAAUAGUUCAGAGAUCAUAUGCAGGUUCAACUACAGUACUAAUACUGUGGGGUAUGUGGAUGACCACAGUAGAGGCCAUUGUAUCUCCCCGCUACUGUAUGAAACAGGAUGGAUUCCCUUGGACAUCUCCUCUGAUAAUGGCACCACAUUCAACAGAGUUGGCAGCUGGCUCUCAGUUCAUACUGGCAAGUUAGAUGCUAAGUUUAAGGCGACUCUGGUCAACUCAACAAAAUGGCAGUACUAUGGUACACCUGAUGUUGGAGGCAUUCUUGAGAUGACGUGGAAUACCUCUUUGGUCAUAGCGGACAGGGUCAAUAUAGAGCUCUGGGGAUACAGGGAGACAGGAGAACCCUACUCAGCCAACUGGCAGGGUGAGUGGAAAUACCUGUACUCACUUGCAAAAGAUCAGCCCAACAAUGGCUCCUUUAGCUUCUUGCCUAAACCAGCAGAGAACGGUUUUGCAAGUUGGGAACUUGGCUCUCUACGCAUCAGCCCCAGCAAGUACCCUGAUGGCAUGUGGAAUGUACAAGCCGCAUGGACCGAGGAUCACGCUCUGGCCUGGCAUCUGGAGGAGAAGUUCAGGCAGAACUCGACAGUUUGGGCCCUGGAUAAAUGUCUAGCAUGGGACAAGCUGGAAGAUAAGCUGCCGAACUUCCUCAGCGAGAUCAUAGACUGCCCCUGCACUCUGGCUCAAGCGAGAGCAGACACUGGGAGGUUUCAUACUGACUAUGGCUGCGAUAUGGAGAAGGGGAGUGUGUGCACAUACCACCCUGGGAGUAUUCACUGUGUGAGGGCGAUACAGGCAAGUCCUAGGUACGCAGCGGGACAACAGUGUUGCUAUGACAGCACCGGCGCUCAGGUUUUGACAGGAGACUCCAUUGGGGGAAGCACUCCAGACCGAGCACACGACUGGGGCUCACCUCCAUUCAACAACCCCCCUCGGAUUCCUGGACAGUCCCACUGGGUCUAUGACGUCCUCAGCUUCUACUACUGCUGCCUGUGGUCUGACAACUGCCACUACUACUUCAAACACCGGCCCUCCAGUGACUGCAGGCGUUACCAGCCACCCAGCUCAGCUGUGGUGUUUGGAGAUCCCCACUUCAUUACAUUUGAUGGUGUCAGCUACUCCUUCAACGGCUUUGGGGAAUACACUUUGGUGACCUCGAGAAAGAAAAUGCUGACAAUCCAAGGCAGAACAGAGCCUGUGAACGAAACCUCAAUAAAAGCAACAAAGUUGACGGCUGUAGCCAUGAAGGAAAAACUCUCUGAUGUUAUUGAGGUGCGGUUGGCCAGCGGUCACAACAGUCUUGAAGUGCUGCAGAAUCACAGAACCCUCUCCUUUUCUGAGCAGAGUUGGAUGGACCUGCACGGUGUGUUUGUGUUUUCUCCGUCCUCUACAAAUGUGACCGUGAUGUUCCCCAGUGGAGCCGGGGUGGAAGUCCGACUGAGAGAGAGAACCAUGACAACCACCGUGCUCCUGCCAGAGGGUUUCAAAAACUCCACCCUGGGACUGCUGGGAAAGAUGAAUGGUGACCCCAGGGAUGAUCUCGCUCUCACCAACGGCCAACUUGUGCAGAACCACAGCAAUCCAGAGGAGGUGUUCAGCUUUGGGGCAAGCUGGGCCAUCUCCAACAAGUCUGCCUUGUUCACAUAUGAUUCAGACUAUCUUUUGAACACAUAUCUCUACUAUCCGAGACACGACCACACCUUUAUUCCGGUGUUUUCUGUCCCUGAGAGUCCAGAUGAUCCAUUAGCCAAUCAAGCAGCUGAGAUAUGCUCUGGAGAGGGCGCUCAGUUCUGCAGGUAUGACAUCCUGGUAGGCCGUAGUCCAGCAAUGGGAAAUGCCACCAAAAUGUCUUUCCAGAGUCACAUUUCCCUUGUGAAGGAUCUAAAGCCAGUGAUAUCCUGUGGAUGGCUUUCACCGCCAACUAAUGGGAAGAAGGAGGGGACCACAUAUUUACAAGGAGCUAAGGUGAAGCUGUCCUGCGAUGACGGGUACAAACUCAAAGGAUCAGAAGUGCGCGUCUGCCAGUCGAACGGCCAGUGGUCUGGACAGGACACAUCCUGCGUGAUUCCAAGUAACGUCGCAGGAAUUGUGGCCGGUUCAGUUGUUGGAGCUGCAGCACUGAUUUUAAUUAUAACAACAAUCGUACUCCACUCCAAGAGAAAGCAAAGAAAACAAGACAAUGAGAUGACAUCAGCCUUCUAACCACAACUCCUCAGCUACUGGAAACUGUGUACCUUUAAAAUUAAUCGUUCACAAAUAUAUGCUUUCAGUAGGUAAAGACACACAUAACACAAAAGAGACAUCUUGUAUUGGUUGUAAAUCUUGUAAAGCACAGCCAUGAUCCAGACUAAACAUACAAAGGUCUCUGCUCAGUUAAAGAGUAACUAUUCACUCCAUCUUUUACAUGGCUAUUAUUGCACUGGUUUUUUUAAAUUAUAACUUGUGUUGCACUUUUGACCAGACACACUGUCACUGCAAAGCAUUCUAACAUACUGUAAGCCUGUUCAAUAAGUUAACAAUAACUGAUAAAAGUCUCAUGAAAGGUGAAACAUUAAUAAAAACAAAAAACCUGCCACUGUCUGAACACUCCAUUAUCAUUGUUUUUGGUCUACUGAAGAAAAAGAAAGUCUUUGGUCAGCUUUUCAGGCCACCUGUAUAUUUAUAUAUAUGUAUAUAAACACACACAUAUAUGUAUAUACAGAAACAGAAAAAAAAAAACUAUAAAAUGAAAUGCUUGUUUUUUGUGCAUUGUCAUCAAAUGCUGAUGAAUACUGUCAUACAGUUUGCUAUGUUUAAAUAUGUUGGACAAUAAAGUUUUUCAAAUACAGUUUAUUGUGUAACUAUAA